AUGGAGAAGAAGAAUCUUAGAGAUGAGAAAACAACAUCAACUCCUAGUGAGGCUAGGAAUCUUGAUGGGCCAGUUCCAUUUCCCAAUCAACUUGCGGAGAGGAAAUUGAAUGACAAGUUUUCAAAGUUCCUUAGUGUGAUGAAGAAUUUUCACAUCAACCUCCCUUUCAUCGAAGUUGUCACACAAAUGCCUUCAUACUCCAAGUUCCUCAAGGAUAUUCUCACCAACAAAAGGAAGCUCAAUAAUGAGCUCAUCACUCUUCCCCAUCAACUUGUUGAAAUGAUCCCUACAAGGAAGACUAUCCAAUUGGCCGACCGUUCAGUGAAGUUACCUUGUGGUGAGCUUGAAGACGUUCCCAUUCAAGUUGGGCAUAUUUAUGUACCUUGCAUAUUUGUAGUGAUGGAUAUAGAAGAAGAUGGCGAUACUCCUUUGAUUUUGGGUCAUGAAGCUCUUAAGACUUUGGGGGCGGUGAUCAAUUACAAGAACAACACCAUUACAUGUGAGGUUGCUGAUGAAAAGAUUGUGUUUGAGUUCUCUAAGUUGCUCAAGACCCCCAUGGUUGAAAAAUGCUAUAGGGCUGAUGUUGUGAAUGAGGAGUUAGAUUGCUUGGGAAGGGUUAUGAUGAAGCCUCAAGAUCCAAUGGUUGAAGCUCUUACAUGCAAGGAAGUAUCACUCUCAAGAAGAAAGGGAAUUUGUCAUGGCCAUGGUAGAAGACCAUGA